UGCCUGGCAACACUAAAACAAUAGCCUGUUGCGCAUAAAAUGGAAAAUAUUUGCGAUUAAUUAGCAAUUAACAGCAGUAAAUAAACUGCAGCACGGAAACAAAAGUAUUUGAAACGUAAAUUACAAAACAAUUAAGAUAAACAAAAGGCAUCAACAGCUGUAACAUAAGCAAAUGAAGCAGGCGAAAGCAAAGCAACAACGAGAGCUACAACAACAAAAAGCAAGUCGCGCACUGCUCAAUAAAAUUUAUUUUUGUGUUUAGACCUCUGCAAGUUCUCCGCCAGCUUUGUGCUGUCCACAAGUGUGAGCUCGUUAAUGUGAGUGCGUGUAUCUGUGUCUGUGUGUGUCUGUGAGUGUAUAAAAAUAUUUAAACAAAAUCUUCGGCGCAGACAGGGUAAGAAGAGGUCGCGCAGAUCGGACAAUCAAAAAAGCAGACAGAUAAACAACAACAUCCCCCACCCCCUCAGCCACAGUAUAGACCCAGUGGCAGUGCCAGCAAAUUUUUAAAUCGUACGGUGACGGCGACGGCGCGAGGUGUUCGAGGUCAGUUCAGUCAUUUCGCGUACGGCCGUGUUAUAUCGUCCAAACGUCUCCCGCCCCUCGUAUGCUGCGCAUCAACGACUUCGCCACCCGCAGCAGCCGUUUGCCGCACGCGCGACGAUUUUGAUGCUCGCUCACGCUCAGAUCUAAAAAACAAUAGCGCCAGCAAACACCGAAAAAAAGCUUAAAUCAAAAACAAAAGCAACAGUAACAAAAAAGGCCUGAGUGCAAACAGAACGAAAUUAACGACGACAGACUCACGCGGAUUGUGUUUUUAUUUUUUAUUGCUCAGCUGAUAAGGCGUGUGCACACGGCUGAUAAAUAUCAAAAACCAGAAACGGCUUAAACAUUAUUGCAAUAAUCAUAAUAAUAAUUAUAAUAACGUCAAGUGCGAAUGCGCCCUCAAUUCGUAUGCCACCAACAUCCGCACUCAUACACACAAUCAUCCGUACAUUAUCAUCAUACCCAUACGCCGUUCCAAACGCCAGGCAGUGACGUCAGUCGGCUGGAUCGUUAUCGUUAUAAAAAAAUGGUGAUACCGGGGCCCGAGCCCGGCAGCGUUACGGCUGCUGCUACUGCUGGCUUCAACCGUACACCUCUAGCGGAGUUGGGGGCCGAUACACGCCGCCAGCUGGCAUGCAUGCUAAAUCGCAAAAAGGUGCUACGCUCCGAGGAGGGCUACGAGCGCGACUGGCGCGGCAUAGCCUCGCUGGCGGGACAACGCGACUACAUCGAUGAGUUUGCCAACAUGCCGAUGGAUCUGGUGCUGAACAGCUGGAUACGACACAAUCCACAGACAGCCGAGGUGGGCAAACUGGAGGAGUAUUUAGGCAUUAUAGAUCGCUGGGAUGUGCGCGAUGAUAUACAGGAGAACCUGAUCAAGGACACAAAUCUUUAUAAUGUCAAGCAACAAAAGCUCGAGCAGCUUGGGCUGGUUCCCAGCAGCGCCAAGCCUUUGCUGGAGAAGAAUAACAACACUUUGGGACAGGAUGUCAAUAUACUAAGCUGCGAUGAUCAGGAGAGCCUGCAGAAUCGUCAGCCCUUACCUAAAUAUAAUGCCUGUGUGCUGUAUGCGGAGGCGGAUCUCGAACAUGCCACCGAAAUCAUGAAGAAUCUAGAGUCUCCACGCUACAAUUUCAAGCUAUUCUUGCGGCAUCGUGAUAUGCUAUCUGGUGUGCCCUUUGAGCAUGUGGAGCUGUCGCAGUUUCUCGCCACACGCUGCAAUCAUUUAAUAGUUGUAUUAACCGAAGAAUUUGUCAAAAGUCAUCAGGAUGUAUUUGUAGUUAACUUUACGCAAAAGCUGCAAAUUGAGAACCGUUCACGCAAAAUUAUACCCAUAUUGUAUAAUCCCAAUAUGGUUAUACCACAGACCUUAGCUAUCUACACACAUAUCAAGUAUACGGCCAACUCGAGCCUUUUCAACUUCUGGGACAAACUGGCGCGUUCGUUGCAGGACGUCGAUGCAGUGUCCAUUUACAGCAAUCAGCAACAGCCUUACACACCUACGACACCCGAAGUGGCUGCAAUGCCGGAAACGCCGCGCAUUAUGCUCAAUGAUACGGAUGUGACUGAUCUGCCCGAUUACAAAUUACCGGAGCCAAAGAAAAUGACGUUAGUUGGCGCCACCAGCACACCGCUGCCAGAGUCUAAGCAGCGCAUGAAGGAUAAAUUUCUGCAGAAGCUCAACUUUAGCAGCUCGCCACGCAAUGGCAGCACCGCCAAGCCGCUGAAGCAUGCGCACUCGAUUAGCGUCAUCAAUAUACAGGAGCGUGAGCGCACGCUUAGUGCCAGCAGCUCCAAUCUAUCGACUACCUCGGAGAGCAAGAAGCGCUCCAACAAAUGGAGUUCCAAGUUGCUCAAGAAAUUUACACGCAGCAGCAGCAAACUACAAACGCCUUGCUAAGCAAUUAAGAAAGAAAGAAGAAUUUUCCCAGUUAAAGUCAUCGCCAUUGACCCCUGCUCACCUUCCAUAAAUUGUAGUGAUUUCGUUAUAUAAUCUAAACUAAGCCUAAUGCAAGUCAAGCAAGCAAGCAACUAACUUAAUAAUUUUUAUAUAGACGCACUUGUUAAAUUAUAUAAGCCCACAACGAAUAAAGACAAUAUACAUAUGAUAUAUAGCCUGCACACAUGCAUACAUGCAUAUAUACACACAUAUAAAGACAAUAAUCAAUACGCGUUGAAUGUUAGCUCAACUAAAACCAUAUGUACAAACAAAAAUUAAAUGAAAUGAAUGAAAGAAUGAAAACAGCACAGAGAACAGCACAGCAAAACAAAUUGAGAAUUGUAAGGUUAAAUGUGCAAUAUAUAGAAAGAUACGCAUAUACUGAGACAGUUGCUAAUCGAAACGUAUAUAGAGACACACACAUAUACAAGCACACGCAAUUAGUUGUUAGUCACGCGUUUGAUAAGUGACUUACUUAAUUCAAUUAAGUUCAACAAAUGCCGCUCAAUAAACGCUCCACGCCCAGCCUGCCCCCCUUCUGGGUGCUUGGAACGCUUGUCAACACUCCAGUCUGAACCAGACUGCAGAUGAUGUAUAACUUGUACGCGUUAGAUAGCGUUAGAAAUUGUGUGAACCACUUUCAAAUGAAUAAUUUAUAUAUACUAGAUGCGUCUAAACUGCUGUGCAUAUAAUUAAAUGCAACAGGGCUGCA